AUGGUCAUACCACACGGCGUACGAAAAAUCGUUAUCCAUUUCCUCGUCUACGAUCCUAUUCGGCUGGAGGAAAAAAAGCAAGAACACGAGAGAGAGAGAUCCCCAACUGAAGGGCAUCGGAAAAAUUCUCCUUUUUCAUCUACUUCUGAUUCUUCUUGUGAUUCUAAAUUUGAUGGUAGAACUGCUAACGAGCAAGCUGAAAAACAAAAACAAAAACAAACCUCAACCAACAAACUCCGCAAGAAAAUAAGUACGAGCCUCCACGGGAUUUCGUCUAAACCGCGAGAUCAAAUCACAAAUCAGAGAUCGACGAGUAGGUUGUCGAAUAGGAGUGCGGAGCCAAAUGUACGAUUGAGUAUGAAUGGGAAUCCAAGUACUAGUUGGAAUAAAGAUUUGGAUUUAAAUCCAAAUUCAAAUAUCGAUGGCAUGGAAAUAGAAGUUUUAAGCAAGAGUACAAUCACUAUUAUGGACCGCGAACAGAGGGAAGAGGAUGAGUUGGGGGAAUAUGUGGUUAUGAAGCGGGUGGUUAGGUUACCGAGGAGGGUUUGGUGUGGGAGGAAUACAGAUAGAUGGUUGGUUGUGUGGUUUGGAUGGUGGUUGAGAAUGGUUGUCAGGAGGGCCGAAUGGUUUCAGGAAGGAAGAUAUAUGAGUAAGAACGAAAUAUGGGUAGAUGAGCGAACGGGUGGAUGGUUGUAUAGGUAG